AGAAGAACGGCUCAUUGGCGCGCAUGCGUUCCUCGAUGUAUGUCAAGGCACAAAGUGGCGCUAUAUCGUUUCAACCUCUACUCAGGUGGUAGCAGCCUAAAUGAUGGACGUGGAACACCAGGAAGAGAAUCCUUCACAUGAGAAAGAAAAUGCUCUACACAAUGAAGAGAAGACUUCAUGUGAUGUGGUGAAGACUUUAUGUGACAUGGAGAGAGCUUUAUGUGACAUAAAGAAGAGCGCUGAAGAGAGCAGUUCAAGUAAUGACGAGAACAGUUCAGAUGAUGAGGACACCAGUGGUAUGUCCAUGAGUAUGUUGGCAGCAGCAGGGGGACCGGAUGACAUUGUGAGGCUGCUGAUAAAGAAGGGGGUGAAGGGGAACGGACGGCAGAAGAACGGCACCACUGCCCUAAUGCACGCUGCAGAGAAGAACUUCCUGACCACAGUUGCUAUCCUCCUGGAAGCAGGGUCCUACGUCAACGCUCAGACACUGGGAGGAGAGACGGCCCUGAUGAAGGCUCCUGGGCGGUCCUUUAUCUGAACGUCAUCAGUAGAGAGUCCUUUUGAGGACGAACAAAAUGGCCGGAGUGGAUUGAGUGACGGUUGCAAGACUCAUAGGGCUGUGGUCCAAUUUCUCCCCCUUUUGCACUUUUGUUUUAACUCCCCCUCAUCGAUUGAAAAUAAAUGGACUUGUCUAUGAA